AUGCUAGAAAUUAUAAACUCAAUUGGUUCGUAUUCAUUUAUGAAUGUCACAGGAAAGAAUAAGGCAGGAAACGAAAAAUUCCUUCGAGAAAACAAUCUCCCAGUAAAUUUAGCUUUCAACGGAAAAUCAGCAAUUUCUGUAUUAGAUCUUUCUUUUCAAUGGAAAUCAACCAGAGAUUGAAAAAAAGCCUUCUGAGUUAUGGGUUCCAGCGUUUAA